AUGAAUUUAUUUUUUUAUUUUUUAUUUUUGUAUGCAACAUUUUGGAUGGGACGUUCAGAAAAAUUAUUUAGUGAUAUGUCAAUAAAACCAAUGCACUUAAGGAAAAUAAAAAGUAAGAAUGAUAUACAUGAGGAUAAUUACUAUGCUAUAGAUGAUGUAUAUUAUGUAGAGGAUACCAUACCCAAACUAGAAAACGAUAUAAACAAUAGUGAUAAAGAAGAUAAUAUAAUUGAUCAUAAUGAUCGUGUAAAAAUAAAUAAUUUGAGCAAACUGAAUAAUACAAAUAUCUUUAAAAGUAUGAACAAAUUAUUAUAUGAAAGUAAACCUAAUGAUAAAUCCUUAAAUAGACAGAUAACAAAAAUUUUAAGUAUCAUUUUAAAUACACCAAAAAAUGAAACGAUAAAUGUAAAGGAUAUUAAUUCUUUGCUCAAAAAAUGGAAGGAUAUCAAUAAAAUAAAGCAAAAUAGAAACAAGUUAAAUAAUAAUGUGAAGAAGAAUUUAAUAAAUUUACACAACUUUAAUAAAAAUACCAAAGGAAGUGACAAAUUUAAUACUUUUGAUGAAUUAAAUAACAAAGAUAAUAUAAAUGGAAAUAUUCCAAAAAGUGAUUUUAUAAAUAUUCAUUAUUUAUUAGAAUUAACACAUUGA